AUGUAUGGAUCUUUUAAAGAGUUAUGGGAUCCUCGACAAAAGGAAUACCAUAAUAAAAAUAAACGUGAAGACUUGUGGAAUGAAAUAGCCAACAAUUUUGAUCUUCCCAAGAAGGAAUUAAAGGCUAAAAUGAAAAGUCUUUUAAGUUCCUAUAGACGAGAAAGGAGUAGAGAAAAAACAAGCAAUACAACUGGAUCGGGUAGAAACCAGUCUUACACUUCAAAAUGGUUUGCUUACGAAGCAUUUCACUUUUUACACGAUAAAAAUAAUCCUAUAGACACAUCUGAUACAAUGGAUUCGGCACUAGAGAGCUCUCUUUUAGACACAAACAGCAAUAGUGGAAUCACAAAUGAAACGGUAAAUACGGAUUCAAAUAGCAAUGCCUCUGAAAGUAAUUCAAGAGCAUCUGAAAAUAAACGUAAAAAGAAACCAGCAAAACGUACUCUUGAAGAUUCUGUUAUGGAUGCCGAAAACAAAAUGCUAGAAGAUGCUAUAGAAUUAAUGCGCAAACAAGAUCAAUGUAGCAACGAUCCAUACGUUGCUUUUGGUAUGCACAUAGCGGCUGAAUUAAGAAAGUAUGAUACAAUUACAUUGACAAGAGUUAAACAUUCCAUUAAUAAUAUCAUAUAUGAGGCUGAUAUGGGAUAUCUACAGCAACAGACACUAGGAUACAGUGAAGAAAGAAGACCUGGAUACUUCACAUCGCAAUUGACUGAUCUCUCCGACUCAACAGUUUCUAAUCAUACUGAUACAGGAUCUGCAUUGACACAGUUAAUUCAUGAUCUAGAUACGUAGAGUUAAUAUUUUUUUAAUUAUAUUUGGCGCAAACUACUACCUACCUUUAUUGAAAUUAAGCCUAAUAAAAGUAAGUGAUUAUGAUAAA